AUGCCCGUACCAAACUCCUGUAAUUUUUAUACGGAUUGUUUAGAAAAGAAAUUUCAUUGCGGGUAUAAAGGAUAUCCAUUAGAAUAUGGACUCAAGUAUUGCGAAAAAUUUUCUGAUAACGCACAUAAGUUCAGUUCUUCUGGAAAGGAUUGGGUAUCUAAAACAAAACUUUGCCUUCAGGAAUCAUUAGUUCCACUGCAUAAAAAUGAUUCAAGUACUUGUUCAGACAUAAAAGACAAAGCAUUAAAUUCUCACGCGAAGUGUUACGUUUCAAGUGGCAUAUGUUUACUUCCGCCAUCAGAUUGGAUCGCUCUAUUUGAAACUAUUGAUUUAAAAGAUUUGUUUGGAGAUUUGCCGUUUAUUAAAUUCUUUGAA